GAGCCGCCGCAUUAGGCGGAAGUAGCUGAAAACUUGUCAACAAGGAAGGCCGACUGACAGGGUAAAGUCUUCUGGAGCAAAAACUCCUGAAAUGGCACUUUUCUGACAUCCAUCAUGAAGUUAUGUUAAAAAUCUUCCAAGUCUUCAUUUUUAACCAGUUUUAAACAUUUAAGAGAAGAAGAAGCAUUUCCACAAUGACCCUAACUCACCAUUUUUCAGUGCUCCUGUUUUUCUCCGUACCAGCUUGCGUUCAGAUUGGUCCUGCUUCCUGCUUCGGCCGCUGUGGGCUGACCCCUCAGGUUCUGGACCGUAAAGUGGGAGAAAUCAGGAGUUCUGCUUAUUACAGCUGGUCCUACAGGUUCGGUUCUGCUUCUGACUGCUGGGUCAUCCAGGGUCCGGAGGAUGAACCCAUCAUUCUCAGCUUCUCUCAGUUCUCUGUGAGAUGUGGGAAUGAAUCACUUUCCAUAGAUUCAUCAGCCGGCGGUUCUGCCCGCGUUCUUUGUGGCCCCACGCUGCCGCAGCCGCUGAGGUUUCCAGGAGGAAACAUCACUCUGAUGCAUUAUUUCUCCCCUCACACGUUUCCUGUAUCAACGUUUCUGCUGAGCUAUGCCAGAGACUCAGGUGACUGCCCAGAGAGGUACUUCAGGUGCCAUGGGGGCGGGUGCAUCCCCCCCUCUUGGCGCUGUAACGGCCAGGUGGAGUGUCUGACCGAAGGCUACGGCAGCGAUGAGAAGGGCUGUUAUGAAGAUCUGGAAAACCGGGGGGCUGAGACUACGGAGAGAACCGGCAACCCAACCGCAGAAAGAGACAAGGGCAUCGACAAAGGCUGGGGCUCAGACAGGUCCACUGAUGGCUUCAUCUUCCAGGAUUUUUGGCCACCACGGAGGGAGGGGGGUGUGGUCAAUCCAGAACAGCCACUGACCCAGAAGCACCCUACUGUGACACCCACUCCCAUUGAGUGGCCUUGUGGGGGAUCUCAUCACACCUUCUACGGGAUCUUCUCUCCUCCAGUCUCUCGGGGUCAGGGGAUGCUUUGUGUCUGGACUCUGGACCCCGGGGACUCCAGACCGCUGAGACUGGACCUCCAGCAGCUGGUCCUUGGGCCCGAUGACCGACUCACCGUUUACAAUCGAGAGGAAGGCAAAGGAGACGUCAUCAGAAAUAUCACCAGCAUGUCUAACUCCAAAGCCAUCAGAGUUGAGUCCCACACAGGCCUGAUGUCUCUGGUCUACGAGAUCCGUCCUUUCUCCUAUGACACUGGCUUUAAGGCCACCUUCCACGUGGGGAGCUACUGCCCCCCGUGGGAGGGUCACUGUGGGGGAACAUCAGGUGGGUGCUUCACCCAGCAGCAGCACUGCGACGGGAAGUGGGACUGCCCCGAGACCGGAAAGGACGAGCAGGGUUGCAGGGGCUGCGGCCCGGACCAGUUUGCGUGCGGUUUGUCGGGACAGAGAACAAUGGCGUCCAACCGCUUUCUCGGCAAGCUUAUGUGUUACCAGUUAACAGAGAGAUGCAACUACAGGCUGGAGUGCAACGACGGCAGCGAUGAGAAGGACUGCAGCGUUUGUCAGCCGGGGACCUUCCAUUGCGACAAUGACAGGUGCGUGUACGAGACCUGGCGCUGCGACAACCAGGUGGACUGCAAAGACGGCACGGACGAGCUCAACUGCACCGUCAUGCUGCCCCGUAAGGUCAUCACCGCGGCAACGGUGGGCAGCCUCGUCUGCGGGCUGCUGCUGGUCAUCGCCAUGGGCUGUACGUGCAAACUGUACUCGCUCAGGUCUAGAGAAUACAGCAUGUUUGCUCCGAUAAGCCGCCAAGAAGCAGCGCUGAUCCAGCAGCAGGCUCCUCCGUCCUACGGUCAGCUGAUCGCUCAGGGCAUCAUUCCCCCCGUGGAGGAUUUUCCCACAGAAAGCGCCAACGAGACCUCGUCUCUUUCUCUGAGAGGAAUCCUCCAGCUCCUCCGUCAGGACGCCCAAAACUCCCCCCACCGGAGACGCAGGCCCCGAUUCGUCCGCCGUGCCAUCCGACGCAUGAGGAGGUGGGGCCUCAUCCCCAGAACCUCCAGGUCGGGUCAGACCUCCAGCUCCGGGCAGCAGCCUAGCUCUUCUCCGUCUGCUCAGGGGCUGAGCACCUCCUCCCCCGCCAGGUCCUCCUCCUCAGCGGAGGCGGUGGAGGCCGCCAACCAGCCGGUGUCUCAGAAACUGGGCCUGCUGGCUCAAACAGAGCAGCAGCAGGAGCAGGAAGUGUCUCCUCCUCUACUGCCGCUGCUCCCACCACCUGAUAGCUCCACACCUCCUCCUCCCUACGCCCCCCCAGCCCCUCCCCCGGACACUCCUCCCGUCUCCGCCCCCCCCAGCAGCCCCUACCAUGCCUCCAUUUUGCAAACACUAGGCAUCGGUAUCUCCCUCUUCAGAGCUUCGCCCUCUCCUUCCUCUUCCUCCUCCGCCUCAGACGACGAGGUGCUGCUCAUCCCACUGUCUGAAGACACGACUUCAGAGGACGACGUGCCCAUGCUCACCUGAUCACCCCGCCUCACAGCUCUUAUUCUUUUUCCUGCUUUUUUCUUCAUCACCCUCAAAAACUGACCCCUCGCCCCUCCUGUAGGUGGUUGAACAUGAGCACAGGACAGCGAGACUCUUCCUCUCUGUGCCGGUCUGGUGCCUUUUGGAUUCAGUGACGUUUAAAACCACACGUUUAAAAAAAAAAAAAAAACUCCCCCCAAAAAUUCAGACGUAUGUUUAUAUUUAGUCAGACGUGCACUUAACCGACGCUGGGCUGCGAUUAGAAGCCAAACUUUUGCACAGAAGGAUCUUUUCCAGAUCCGAAACACUGACGCAGGCGAUCACGCCGAACGGUUAGAGUUCUUAAGGUGGAAAUGACUGCGUUUGUAUAGCUGCAACAGAGUGAAUGUGUUUUAUUUUAGUCUUAGGUCAACAAUAGCGAGACUUUAAAUGUGGAUUGUCUCUGCGCACUCGUACCACUCGCAUCUAAAUGGAUUUUAGAGCAAAUAUGUGGAAUAUUUCCCCCGUUUAAGUGCCUUUCUGAGAGGACACGCACACACACUCACACACACGCACACACACACACACACACACACACACACACACACACACAGGCUUGUAUUUUCUCCAUCAACACCAGUGGCUUUACUGUAAAAUUAGACGUGUUCUCUGCGAGCUGCAGUAACCUUUGGAGAUCCUAUAGUUUGAGUGCACAUUACAAGUGAAUGUAAAUGUUUCAGAAGACAAUCUCUCUGGUGCCUGGUUCUGUGUGUGUGUGUGUGGGUGUGUAAAACGGGAAGAAGACAGCCCUAAAUUCACAAAAAGAACCUCAACCUCUCAGCUUUCUAGAGACUUCUGUUGUGCCAUUAAUGUUAUCAUCAGCCAUUUUUACAGGGUUUUAUUUCAGCAUCUUUAGUUUAUUUGUGGCUUUAUUGAAUGUACUAGGGUCAAUGUGGAGUUGCCAGAGGUUUUAAAAUGAAAAUACUGUGUAAGUAAAUAAAUGAGAACGUGAUUUUAUGAUUUAAUGAGGUCAACUUCAUUGUAAAUAAGUAAAAGCAUUUGUGGCAGAGAUGAAACGAUUUGCACUUUUA